GAUUACCCGGAUGCAAACUAAAAAUUACUGUGGAAGGGGAGAUAGGACUGAAUCUUUAUUCUUACUGUCUGAUAAAACUAAAAGGCUAUUUUUUGUCGCCUUAUUUUUCAUUUAUUCGCAAUGACCACACCAGCAAGGCGACGUUUAAUGAGAGAUUUUAAAAGAUUACAGGAAGAUCCGCCAGCUGGAGUCAGUGGUGCUCCAUCAGACAAUAAUAUUAUGCUAUGGAAUGCAGUUAUAUUUGGUCCCCAUGACACACCAUUCGAAGAUGGCACAUUCAAAUUAACCAUUGAAUUUACAGAAGAGUAUCCAAAUAAGCCACCAACAGUAAGAUUUAUCUCCAAGAUGUUUCAUCCAAAUGUUUAUGCAGAUGGGAGUAUAUGUUUAGAUAUAUUACAAAACAGAUGGAGCCCCACAUAUGAUGUGUCAGCGAUUUUAACUUCAAUUCAAUCUCUGCUCCACGACCCAAACCCCAAUAGCCCUGCCAACAAUGAGGCUGCUCAGCUGUACAGAGAAAACCGCAGAGAAUAUGAGAAAAAAGUGGCUGCCAUUGUUCAGGAAAGCUGGAAUGAUGAUGAAGAAGAGGGAGAGGAAGAGGAUGAUGGGGAAGAGAGUAAAGCAGGGUCUUAGCAUUGUAAUAAAUCUGAAGGGACUGCUACCUCUUAUUCUAAAAAGAAUCAAGAUGUCAACUUUUAUUUGCCUCCCUGGUUGUUAAUUACAAACUACAUACACUUAGACAUUUUAGGAAAUAUUUUUUGGAAAAAUCUCACUGGAUAGCAAGUUUGACCACAUUCUAAUCUUGAUCUUCAUUAUUUGUAGGAGUCAGUGUGUAAUUGUUUCAAUUGUAUUUAAAUGACAAAAUAAUCUUCAGCCACUCCUUAACCUGUUGAAUUGAUAUUCUAUCAUUUACAAUAUGGUGUUAUCAUGAUUGUUUUGUUGCACUUUAACUUUAAUGAAAGUUUAGUCUCAUUGAUGUUUUUUUUUUUGGUGUGAUUGUUACAUAACUUGGUUUUUCUAUUCUGAAAUAUUAUUACUUGAAAUCCAGGCUGGUCUAAAACUUAUGUUAAGCGCUGAAAACAUCCAUUAAUGUAAAAGUGGAUGAACACUAGCAGAUGGAUACAGAGAAAACUGUCCAUCUUAAAUCAGUGAUCGAGUGGAAAUCGCAUUUGCAAGAAAAAAAUUUAAAAUAAAAAGCAAAAACUAUGUGAAAUAUAAAUUGUAGUGUCUACUAUUUGUAUUUUUUAUACCAAAAGAUACACAUAAAUUCUUUUUUUUUUUUAGCAAAUAUAAAACUGUCAGUGAGCCAUUUGGCAUAAUUAUUGUUUAUACAACAAUUACGGUGUCCCUCUAAGUAAUGUUCAUAAACAUGGGGACUAAGCUUGUGAUGUAAAGCUUUGUUUGUUUGUGAUGCCAAGUUGACCUUUUCCUUAAAUUUCCUUUUUUUCUCUGAUUUAAACUGUAAAAUAAGAAUCUCAGUUUUAAAAAAAUUUAUCACUGUAAAAAAAAAUCAAGGUUAGUUCAGUUUGAUAAUAUCAAAAGGCUCCAGAGAGAAAAGUAGUAUUACUAAAUUAUGUUUCUGUGAUAUUCCCAAUUCCACUUGCCUAUUUUCAGUCACUGCUGGAUGAACCGAACCCAAACAGUCCUGCAAAUAAUCUAGCAGCUAAACUUUACCAGGAGAAUC